GGUGACUUUGCACUUUGUAUUCGCCACUUGUGGAGCUUCCUUCUCCCUUCAAGACGUGCAUGCGGAGGCCAGGAGGAUGGUUGAGUUUGCUCCUCUUUCCGUGCCACUGCAGAGAAGGCUUCAGACGGCAUCGGUGGUACAAUGGGUCUUCAGCUUCCUAGGUCUAGCACAGUGCUGCACAAUUGCCUACAUCGCCCUCUUCUUCACGCGUUUUUGGCUGGUCAGUGCCCUCUACACCGUAUGGUGGAUCAUAGACAGGGAAAAACCCAGCAAGGGUGGGAGGCGGAUCCACGCCCUCCGGAACAGCGUCAUCUGGAGGUACAUGAGGGACUAUUUCCCCAUCACGCUGGUGAAGACAGCGGACCUGGACCCUAGGCAGAACUACCUAAUGGGAUUUCAUCCCCACGGGAUCCUGGCAGCAGGAGCCUUUCUCAAUUUCUGCACAGAGGCAUCAGGCUUUUCCAAGCUCUUUCCAGGCAUCACCCCGCACCUGAUGAUGCUCUCCCUGUGGUUUCGCAUCCCCUUCCUCAGGGACUACCUGAUGAGCGGAGGCCUUGUCUCCUCAGACAAGGAGAGCGCAUCCUACGUGCUGCAGAAGCCAGAGGGUGGGAACAUGCUGGCCAUCAUCGUCGGUGGGGCGCAGGAGGCGCUGGACGCCCGGCCGGGAUCCUGCACCUUGCUGCUGAAGAAUAGGAAGGGAUUUGUCCGUCUGGCCAUCCAGCAUGGCACCCCGCUGGUCCCCAUCUUUUCCUUUGGGGAGAACGACCUCUUCGAGCAGGUGAGAAACCCCAAGGGCUCCUGGCUGCGGUGGCUCCAGCACCGGCUCCAGCAGAUCAUGGGCAUCUCCCUUCCCCUCUUCCAUGCACGAGGCAUCUUCCAGUACAGCUUUGGGCUGGUACCCUACCGGCGGCCCAUCUUCACCGUGGUUGGGAAGCCAAUUCCAGUGCAGAGGAAGCACAGACCCUCCGAGGAAGAGGUUGAUCAAGUCCAUCAGAAAUACCUAAAUGAAUUGUGCAAGCUCUUUGAGGAGCACAAGGCUAAAUAUAACAUCCCAGAAGACAGACACCUGGAAUUUAUAUAGAGCUCCUCAAGCAAGGUGAAACCAUGGAGACCAAGCUUCGUGUUUUCCCCAUCAUUGGAACUAUUUCACGACCUCACCUUAGUCACAGUUAACAUAUGGGCUGUACGGUAUAGGGAGAAGGACUUGAUUUUCCCAGCUUUUGCAUGGGUUUAGGGCCAGAGUUUUAAAUUUUUCUCCCUGAAGAACACAUAAAAGAUAUAAAGAAGAAUGAAAAAAGACCCUAUCUGACCAACCCAACACUGUUGAAACUCCCCAACAGAAAACUCGUACAUCCAGUUAGAUUUGGAGGCUGGUUUUUCAAGACAUUUCCAGGCAAAGAUGAAUUAUUGAAAGUUUCCGUUGCAUUAUUUUCAUUGAGAAAUGGGAUGAUAAGCCAUAAUUUCUGCUAAACGCAUAUGUUUUUUAAAAUAUAA